UCUCAGCGCCGGAAGCGGCCAAGCGGGCCAUGGAAGAAGGACCCGUGGACCGGGCCUUGUUGCGAGAGGUCUCCACUGAGGAGGCCGAGCCGCUGGGCGCCGCGUUGAGCGGGGACAGCGGCCACGUAUCGCAGAGCCACAGCAGCGCGUCGGGGCCGUGGGAGGAUGACGGCGCCGAGGACGCGCCUGGCCGCGACCUGCCGCUGCUGCGCCGCGCCGCCUUGGGCUACGCCUCCAGCUUGCUGCCUGCUGCGGGGCCGCGGCCCGAGGUGGAGGCGCUGGACGCCAGCCUGGAGGACCUGCUGGCCAGGGUGGACGAGUUCGUGGGCAUGCUGGACAUGAUUCGCGGAGACUCCUCCCACGUGGUGAGCGAGGGCGUGCCGCAGAUCCACGCCAAAGCCGCCGAGAUGAGGCGCAUCUACGGCAGGAUCGACAAGCUCGAGGCCUUCGUGAGGAUGAUCAGCAGCAGCGUGGCCAGGAUGGAGGAGCAGGUUACCAAGGCCGAGGCCGAGCUGGGGACUUUCCCCCGGGCCUUCCGAAGGCUGCUGCACACCAUCAGCGUUCCCGCUCUCUUCAAAUCGACGCCCACCGGACCCCAGAGCGCCGUUUACGAGCCGCCUGUCCUGUUUCGGACAGAGGACCACUUCCCUGGCUGCGGUGACAGACCACAGCUCUGAGCCUGCACCUCUACCGCAGGAGGACUCCAGUGAGACUUUUGUUCUGAGUGUUAAGAGAU